AAAGCUGAAGAUAGCGGGAACAACAACAGCGUGUAGCUUCCGCCUUGUCUUGCCUUAGCUUGAUUCCACUACUUUCUCUCUCUGUCCUCUUUAGAUCUGCAGGUCAUUUUUCUCAACAUCAGGUUCAUAGAUCAUCUCAGAUUACAACAAUGACUCCGCCCAUUGAGACUCCAAACAAACCUGCUAACUCUCAUCAUCAUUCACAUCCUCCUCUUAAUGAAAGAAUCCUUUCAUCCAUGAGGAGAAGAUCAGUUGCUGCCCAUCCGUGGCAUGAUCUUGAGAUAGGACCAGGAGCACCAACGAUAUUCAACUGUGUGAUUGAGAUUAGCAAGGGGAGCAAGGUAAAGUAUGAGCUCGACAAAAAAACAGGACUUAUCAAGGUUGAUCGUGUCCUAUAUUCAUCAGUUGUGUACCCUCACAACUACGGCUUCGUCCCUCGUACUCUCUGUGAGGACAACGAUCCACUUGAUGUCUUGGUUAUCAUGCAGGAACCAAUCCUGCCUGGUUGUUUUCUUCGUGCCAGAGCAAUUGGUGUCAUGCCCAUGAUUGAUCAGGGAGAGAAGGAUGACAAGAUAAUUGCAGUGUGUGCUGAUGAUCCUGAGUAUAGACACUACAGUGACAUUAAGGAGCUGCCACCACAUCGUUUGGCUGAGAUCCGCCGUUUCUUUGAAGAUUACAAGAAGAAUGAGAACAAGGAGGUUGCUGUCAAUGAUUUCUUGCCAGCUGAGGAGGCAAUUGAGGUGGUUAGACAUUCCAUGGAUCUGUAUGCGGACUACAUCGUGGAGAGUUUGAGGAGGUAGAGGUGGAUGUCUUACGAAUUUAUGUUCUGUAAUAUUCUCAUCGCUAUAUAAUGAUGACGACAACAAAGCGCAGUUUGUAAUACUGAACGAGACUGGUGCAACUGUUACAUAUAUUCUAUUUUUUCAAUAUUUUUUUAAUGUAUUCACAAUGUGUAAGGGAAGAAGCUUUUGUGCACUUUGAAAUUCAAUGAACUCUUUUGGUCUUCUU